GAAUAAAUUCACUCAAUCUGUGACAUAGGAAAUCUACUUUUUGCAGGGACAAAAACAAUGGAAAAGUAUAAGAAGGCUUCAAAGCACAUAGCAGUGAUGGCCUUCCCUUUCGGGACCCAUGCAGCCCCUCUUCUCAGCAUCAUCCGUAGGCUAUCGGAGGCUUUCCCGGCCGCCAUGUUCUCUUUCCUGUGCACGGAACGAUCAAACAGCUCAACGUUUCCCAAAGGUCAUCAGAAGCAUGACAGCAUAAAGCCUUUCAAUGUAUGGGACGGAUUGCCGGAGGGUUAUACGUAUUGCCUAAAGAGGAACCCUCAUGAGCCGGUGGAUUAUUUCCUCCAGGCGGUGCCCCAGAAUUUCAAGGAUGCCGUAGAUGAACUUGUGGCGGAAACCGGUAGGCCGAUUGAUUGUUUGAUAACAGAUGCGUUUUACUAUUUUGGGGCUGAUAUUGCAGAUGAACUGAAAGUCCCUUGGGUAGCGCUUUGGACGGCUAGUCCUCGGGCUCUCUUCUCUCAUGCUGAGACCGAGUUUUUUCGCCGCCACGUAGGGAUCAAUGAUCCUGUGGACAAACCACUUGAUUUUCUUCAAGGGUUUGCUAGUAUACGUGUUGCUGACUUACCCGAUGGAGUAGUGAGAGGGAACUUUGAUGCCUCCGUGCCAGUACUGUUGAAUAAAAUGGGACUAACACUGCCACGAGCCGCCGCAGUUGCUGCAAAUUCAUACGAGGACUUGGACAAUGCAGUGGUGAACAUGCUUAAAUCAAGAUACAAAAGGUUCCUCAACGUUGGCCCCUCCAACCUGAUAAGCGCUUCCCCCAUUGAUGACAGGCACGGCUGCUUGGAUUGGCUGGAGAGGCACGAGCCAGCGUCGGUGGUAUACAUCAGCUUCGGGAGCGUGAUAACACCACCACCCCACGAGAUAGGAGCAUUAACUCAAGUCCUGGAGGAAAGCAAUUUCCCAUUUCUUUGGUCUUUCAGGGGAGAUGUUGAGAAGCAAUUGCCGCCAGGGUUCCCCAAAAGAACCAGCUCCAAAGGAAAGAUAGUUCCCUGGGCUCCUCAGCAGAAAAUAUUAGAGCACCCAUCUGUUGGGGUUUUUGUAAGUCACGGUGGAUGGAAUUCAAUCUUGGAAAGUAUUAGCGGAGGGGUGCCCAUGGUUUUCAGGCCAUUUUUUGGUGACCAAAAACUGAAUACUCGAACUGUUGAGACAAUAUGGGGAUUUGGGCUGGGAUUAGAGGGCGGAACGCUAACUAAGGAAGCCACAACCAAUGCCUUGAACUUCAUAUUGUCCACCGAAGAAGGCAAGAAAAUGAGACAGAAAGUUGGGGUCCAGAAAGAGCUUGCUUACAAGGCUGUACAGCCCAAUGGCAGCUCUAUUGAAAAUUUCAAAACGCUGGUAGGAGUCGUCACCUGUCACCACUACUUGCCAUAA